GAGUAUUCAACGAAAAAAAUUCAGUUACAAGUUAGUACAACUCACACUAACCUUCUUCCUCCACAUCCCAUUUCCCCCUCUCUCUCUCUCUUCCCUCUGCAAAUUCCAUUAAAGAAACGAAGCUCUAGGGUUUUACAUCACCUACAAAGCUACAAUCAAAUUCAGAAAUUCAACGCAACACCGCAAGAAAUUGACGAAUUUCCCCCAAAUUUUCAAAAAAAAAUCAGCGAGGUUUUCUAGGGUUUUUCAUGUACAUUGAAGCUUUAAUGUCUUGUGAAUGGAGGUUCCCUUAUCAUCCUUUCUUUCAUUUCAUUCCUUCAUUGUAGCCGUUGCCGCCACCAUAAUUUGCUCUAUUUUCGCCGUUUUCGCUCUUCGAUUUUCUCUCUCCUCCUCUUCUUGGUCUUUUAAAGCUGAUACAAGAAGAACGAAUUUCACAACAGAGAAAGAAUUCAAAGAUACUACUAUUUGCGCUUCAGAUUCUGGUUGCUGCUGUAACGGCGUCGUUUUGACCUCCGAUUCGACUGAAAACGGCCUAGAAAUGCCGGCGUUAUUAGCUUCGGAAAAGCAAACUGGUGCUUCGAUGAUGGAGCAAUUAGUGCCGGAAAUUACGACUCAUGCGCUCAGUUAUCUGGAUUAUCCUAGCUUAUGUCGUCUCUCUAUGACUAAUUCACACAUGAGGAAGGCUGCUAAUGAUGAUAAUGCGUGGAAAGCUCUUUAUCAUAAGGAUUUUACUCUGGAACAAGAUUCUGUCAGACCAGCUAAUGGUUGGAAGGCUUACUAUGCAGCUACAAGAGCAAUUGUGAAUAUCAAUGCAGAAUUCUUUAACAUCAUCAGGGAAAGAUCAGUUCAAGCAAUGAGUCGUUUCUGGCUUAAUGUAGACUAUGUGAAGUGUAUUCAUGCUUCAGGAGAGCUUUUUACGGGGUAUAAUGCAGUUAUAGAGAGUUGGCAGAUUGCAUUUAAUUGGGUGCAACAAGCAGAUGGCUUCCAACUUCGUGAUGUGCGAGCUAGGAUUCUGACUGACAUGGCUUGGGUUACGAUGAAAACCUAUGUUGACGUUAAUGCUGGGCCAUACAAUGUGACCAAUGUGUUCGAGCAUCACAACGGGAGGUGGUACAUGGUCCAUCAUCACUGCUCGAUGAUGCUGGUUGAUGAAGAUGUUGAUCAACAGAUUGCGCAUGCAUAAGCCACGUAGGAAGGAACUAAUAAUCAAUGAACAUAGUAGUAACCGGGAAAAAAAGUAAAAAAAUUAGUACAGCAUCAUAUGUCUUUCGUGAGAUAUAUUGUGGUUCCAUUUGAAUGAUCCAAUAUGUUAAUUGUUUCCCCCAGUUUUGGCUGCUGUUUCACGAGUAGGGCGAUGUCUGUGUAUCGAAUCCAACUUGGGUUUGGUAACGGUAUUGAUGUCAAUACUUCGGGUGUUAAAUGGAGAAUUAGUUAGGCAUUUUACUAGAUUUGGAGCACAUAAGAGAUUCAAGUCUCAAAUGAUUGUCUCUACUAGUACAUAAUAGGCAGUCAGGCAGUUGCUUAAUUCAUGAAUCAUAUUGCGUUCGAAGUAUUUCUCGGG